AUGGGUGUAGAAGGAGACGACAGCUUCGUUGCACGGCAGCUUGGUGAACCAGUGGACGCUUGGAGCACAAUAUUGGAGCAUUUGCUGUGCGUUCGCCUUCCGGACGAUUCUCUCAAGGCGUGGGAAGAUCAUGCAUCAACGACCGAGAACCCAACCUACGAUGCUCUCAUUGAGUUCCUGCAUCGGCGCAUCCGUGUACUGGAGUCCAUUUCGGUCAAUCACGCUCAACCUCCGCCACAGUACGUCACCUCUCAUGUUUUUUCCACUCGAAAAACAUCCAACAUGGAAUUUUCGUCCCAUGCAGCGGUCGAUAGUCCUCCCAUCAAUUGUUAUGCUUGUGAACAGCGCCAUCCGUUGGUGAAGUGCAUGAAGUUCGAGAAAAUGAGUGCAGCUGACCGGCUAACCCUGGUCAACGUGAAUCGGCUUUGCUUGAACUGUUUCCGGUCUGAUCAUUUCUCGAGGAACUGUCCGUCGAGAUACACGUGCAGGUUUUGCAAGAGGCGUCAUCAUUCUCUACUCCAUUCUGGAUUCGGAGACAAUCCAAUUACAUCCGAAUCAAGUAAUGAGACGCAGGUGUCUGCCAACGUAAAUCUGGCCUCAGCGAGUGACGAGUCAACAUCGUCCGUUCUAUCAGCAGCCGCAUCCACCCAACCAACGCAGACCGACUGCAGUCUACAGCCUCAAGAGAUUGAGAGAAACGUUUUCAUGCUAACAGCAAUCGUUGUGGUCGUUGAUCGCUAUGGCAAGGAGCACUUGGCACGUGCUCUGUUGGAUUGUGGAUCCCAACCCAACCUGAUUACCGAGAAGAUGACUCAAUUACUAAGGCUGAAGCGAAGCAAGACGAAAUUUCUUGUCCAGGGAAUUGGUCCACAACCACAGAACGUGAGGGAGUCCGUUCACGUUCAGAUCCGGUCCAGGAAGGAGAACUUUUCCGUGGAUGCCGAUUUCCUGAUUCUUCCGAAGGUCACUCCUGAAAUACCCGUCCACAAUGUUCCAGUAGAUCAUUCUAACCUUCCACCGAAGCUCUUCCUGGCUGAUCCCCAGUUCCAUAAGCGUGCGCCAAUAGACAUGAUUCUGGGGAUUAAACAUUUCUUCUCAUUCUUCCAAUCGGCGAACAGGAUCAACUUGUCUGAAUCGCUUCCCACGCUGAUCGACAGCGUUUUCGGGUGGUUAGUGUCUGGCUCAGCAAGCAAAGAACCUACUGUAAGUCAGGAUCCUCCACGCUCCAUUGUAGCGGUAUACCUGUUCAAUCUGGAAGAGAGCAUCGAGCGAUUUUGGAAGGUUGAAGAGUUGCCGGUCCGGUCCGAUUAUUCAUUAGAGCAGUGCGAAGAACUGUUUUCGUCUACCCCUUCGAAAGAUCCCGAGGGGCGAUACAUGGUACACCUGCCUCGUCAAUCCAAUUUUGACGAGCUGAUCGGCUACUCCAAGUCAAUGGCACUCAACCGAUUCAAUCUACUCGAACGAAGACUCGAGCGUAAUCCUGAACUGAUGGAAGAAUAUCACAAGUUUAUGGCAGAAUAUCUCUCCCUUGGUCAUAUGCGUCGUGUUCAAGACAGCAGCAAGAACCAGUCUAAAGGAUACUAUCUCCCACAUGGUGAAGGAAGCCAGCACGACGACAAAGCACUGAAGGGCAGCUGUGUGGCCCAGAAACGCCGUUAA